UGGCCAAGUACCUGCGAUGCGCUUUCAAUUUUCGGGUGUAUCGGUCCGAAAUUCUACGCCUCCUGAUCCGGAUACUCACAUCUGAUAUUCAGUUUUGGAUGCAAACCUAUCCAAAUUCUCACGUAUACUGAUCCAAACCUCUCAGGUAUGGAACCUUAUGACCAAACACGUGCGCGAGUCCCGUCGAUUGGACAGUCCAGCCACGCCAUGCAGCCUCUGCAUACAGAAUGCGCAGAUGAGGUCUGAUGAAGCCCUAGCACAACGCAUGCUGGACAGUCACAUAGCUGGUCAUCUCCUCGGGAAGACCUUCACUGUGAACGAUCUGGCAAUGCCGUCGUCCAGUACUGCGAACCCUAACACGUACUCCUCAGAGCGACCGUUCAACCGGAGUGUUCUGUAUGUGGUGCCCCACACCUUUCUGCGCCAGUGGAAGGCUUUUUUUGGCGAUAAAAAUGGUGCACGCCCUCGUCCCUUCUGUGUGGGCAGUGAAACCCUUCUGUGUGAUCACAGGCGACUGCCGUUCAGAGUGCUCCGACCCGAACGCGCAAACCAAGUACCCACAAGCACGAACCUUACGAAGAUUGGGAUAAUCGACGACGCCGCAUUCAGAGGGUUGGCAGCAACGUACGGUGAUGUGGAGGCCAUUGCGUUACGUCUGAGCUCAGAGAAUGAGAUCGUGUCCCAGCCACCGCUCUGUGAGCAAUGUGAGGCAGAGGGCUUAUCGGGAAAAGCGGAAGCGGCAUUCAAGUACAGCAAAGGAAUCAUCAAAAUCAAGCACUUAGACGACGACGAAGACCCCGGCAGCAGCACUGUAAGUACCGCCCAGGAAAAGAUGGAAGCAAACAACAGAAGUGCUCCCGGAGAUGUGAGGCGGUCGUCUCGUGAUCGGCUUGCUAGCAUCAAGGCAGUAUCCGAAGUGGAAAAACUGAAAUCGUUCCAUAUUUUCUAUAACACAACAGUGAUGGAGUUGAAGUUGUCCAUCAUGAAUGAGUGGUUUCUGAGCGCUCCUAAUGACCAGCACUUGUACUAUAACGGUGUGGAGUUGACGAACGAUGAAACGAUGCAGAGUGCGCGUGUGCCGUCGGGUGCGCAGCUUGAGGUGAAAGUAGACUUGGCGUUAGAAGAGGACGAAGAUGACCUACAGAGAGCUAUCCUAGCGUCGAUGAGACAAGGUUCCCCGGAGCGUGGUUUCGAAGGUACUGGAUUGUACGGCUAGACAGCUACUCAGCAACGUCACCCGUGUAUAUGUGCAGAUGAAGUUCCAGGAUCACUCGAAAGUGGGCCGUUUGAUCAUCUCCGCUUGUUACAUUCGUCGAGUUCAAAAGACCAUCCGACCCAUAUAUCCUGCUGCCAUCCCACUUCGGUGCAAUCGAAUUUUUGAUGAAACCGGGUCAUACCUCAGCAUUGCAGUUUUGAAGCUUAUCCACUAGGGUCAUGCCGUCUGGAGAAAAAAAGAAGAAGAAAAAUACCACAACGGACUAAAGUCCGUAAGACCUAGGGUUUCACAAAUUCCGUUGUACACUUGUUUAAUUGCACAAUGUUUCAAUGAGGAGAAUGGU